AUGGCUCCCUUAUUGACAAACGAACCACCGAAGACCCAAAAUGGCACGGGGCAAUCUCAACCCUACAUCAUCCGUGAGGAGCCGCUGGGGAGUACUCGUCGUCUACGGAUCGCCACUAUCGGUGCUGGAAUCAGCGGUCUGAACAUGAUUCGGACUCUCCGCAAGUCCAUGACCAACUACGAGCACGUCGUAUAUGAGAAAAACCCGGAGGUGGGUGGCACAUGGUAUGAAAACCGGUACCCAGGCUGCCAGUGUGAUCAUCCCUCGCAUAACUACCAGUUCACUUGGCGACCCAACCCACGGUGGUCGCAGUUUUCAGCCUGCGCGGACGAGAUUCAGAAGUAUAUUCUAGACCUCUGCGACGAUGAAGAUAUGCGCCCGGAAAUCAAGACAUCACAUCAGAUCAUCGGCGCCAGGUGGAAGCCGGACACUUCGCAGUGGGUUUUGCAGGUCAAGAAUCUUAUUACCGGCGAGACCCUAGAGGACCAUUGCCACUUUCUCCUAAAUGCAACAGGAAUUUUGAACAAUUGGAAGUGGCCAGAUAUCCCAGGCCUCUCGGACUUUACCGGAGACCUCGUACACAGUGCUGCCUGGUCAGAGGGUCUGGAAUAUCAAGGGAAGCGUGUGGCUGUGAUUGGUAACGGCUCUUCUGGGGUGCAGAUCGUGCCGGCAAUUCAACCAGAUGUCCAGCAUCUCGUGCACUUUAUUAGAUCGCCAACUUGGAUCGCGCCACCCCAAACGGAGCGCAUGCUAAAGGGUGCAUCUGACGCAGUGCUACAGUCUGCUCAAAUGGAUGGAAACUUAUUCAAGCCGGAACAGAUGGCGCGGUUUGAGAAAGACCCUGAGUAUUACCGGACCUUCAUCAAGGCGACAGAGGAGCAAGUGAAUGCCAGAUUUCGGACGAUGGUCAACAACGACGGGCUUGCGGACCAACUGCAGAAGCAUCUAGAGUCCCAUAUGGCUUCUGUUCUCCGUGGCAACCCUGAACUCAUCCGCGCUGCCAUCCCCACGACCUUCCCGGCUGGCUGCCGCCGACUUACUCCAGGUCCAGGCUACCUUGAGUCUCUCAGCGCCCCAAACGUCCGCGUUGUCACAGAGUCUAUCCGCCGAGUGGUUCCCGAAGGAAUCGAGCUCCAUUCCGGGGAGGUGGUGCCUCUUGAUAUCAUUGUUUGCGCCACUGGCUUCGAUGUGUCAUUCUCUCCGCGGUUUCCUAUUAUCGGCAAGGACGGCUGCAACCUGCAGGAUAUGUGGACGCAGAAUCUCCCUGCCGCAUACAUGUCCUGUGCGGUCACCGCAAUGCCCAACUACUUCGUUUUCAUGGGUCCCAAUGCCCCGAUCGGGCAUGGAAGUGUGCUAUCAAUUGCCGAGCAGGUCGCACGCUACAUUGUCCGCAUGCUUACAAAAUGUCAGGUCGAAGGCAUCAAGACCGUGGUGCCUAAAGCAGAUGCCGUGCGGGAGUUUACAGAACAUACGCACAAGUUUCUCCCUCGCACGAUCUGGGCAGGCAACUGUCGCUCAUGGUACAAGAACGGUACCGUGGACGGACCCAUCACGGCUCUUCACCCAGGGAGUCGAAUUCAUUGGUUCCAUAUGAUGGAGAUCUUCCGGCCAGAGGACUAUGAGUAUGAGUAUUAUGAUAAGUCCAAUCGAUUCCAAUUCCUAGGGAAUGGCUUCUCGGUUAGGGAGAAUGGCGACAAUCCAACGUGGUAUCUCGACAGCCUCAACGAUUUCUCUGCCAUUUAA